AUGAUUGAUGUUACAAACAGAAUCAAUAACCAACCUACUACUUUACAAUCAUUAGCUGUUAUCGAUCGUCAGUUUCAGUUGUUACAAUCAUCAGCAUCACCAAUUACGUUUGAUAAUACGUUAUUUAUUUACGCAUUGUGUCACACUAAUAAAUUAAAUAAUGAUUCGAACAGAUAUCCGCUUCUAUCUGGCUUUUUGUUCACAUAUAUGCAAACAAAACAAAGAGCGCCAUCCCUUUUUAUCUAUGGAAACCCAAUCGAUAUGCCAGCAACGUCUCCUUUGGCGCCGUCCACAAUUUUAAAUACAACUAAAAAUGAAAUUUUGAGCAGCCGUUACCAAAGUCAAGCCGUGUUAGUUGUCGAUGAGGCUAUAUAUUCAUCGUUGUUAAAAGAAAAAGAGAAAAAUACACAUGAAGCAUAUCAAGAUAUAUUUUUAUUACCUGGUGAUUGGCAUAUGAUGAAGAAUCUUUUUGGAAUUGUUGGUAGAUUUAUAGUGGGAUCAGGUAAGUAAAGUGCUUAAGUGGAUUAAAUUGUUGCUGUUUCUGAGUUCUCUACUAAAUAUUAUUGCAUCAU